AUGGCUGAACCCAAGGAAAAGUCUACAGAAGUUACUGCUAGAGAUGUGUUAUGGUAUAUCCCAAACAAGAUUGGUUACAUUCGUGUAAUCACAGCUAUUUUAUCCUUUAUGACAAUGCAAAGUCAUCCAUUACUGACCGCUUUUCUUUACAGUACAUCAUGCUUGUUAGAUGCGUUAGAUGGUACUAUGGCUAGAAAAUAUAAUCAGUGUAGUGGGUUGGGCGCAGUUUUGGAUAUGGUUACCGACAGAUCAACAACUUCCGGAUUAAUGUGUUUCCUUUGUAUGGCUUAUUCUAAAUAUGCUGUUAUUUUUCAAACUUUGUUAGCUCUGGAUAUUUCAAGUCAUUAUAUGCAUAUGUAUGCUAGCUUGACUGGUGGAGCUAAAUCUCACAAACAAGUUUCAGCAGAUUCUUCUAAGCUAUUACACUUGUAUUAUACAAGAAGAGAUGUACUAUUCACUGUUUGUUUUUUCAAUGAAGCAUUUUAUGCUGGUUUGUAUAUGAUGCAUUUUGAUCAAUAUUACACUUUUGGUAAAUGGAUCAUUUUUAUUAGUACUCCACUUUAUUUGUUCAAACAAUUCACUAAUGUUCUUCAAUUACAGAGAGCUGCCCUAAUCUUAGCUAACAUUGAUGCUAAAUUAGCUAACUCGGUUAAGAAAGAAGGUAAUUAA